AUGGCCGUCCCGAUCGGCAAAGUGACGGCUGUGCGGAUAAAUAGAGCACCCCUCACCCACCGUCAGCCAAGGCUGCUGUUUGCCAGGCACGAACUUAUCCGUCGGCGCCUGGGUAGUAUUGGGACGAACCGUUCACAACGGAACCGCCUCGUCGACCCGCCUCCCCUUGCCCUUGUUCGCCAUUGCGCCCGUCACUGGUUCUACCUCUCUGCUCUCGUAGAAACCACCGUGUCUGGGAAGUUCACUUUCAAGGUCGCCCAGGUACACGAUGAUGCCCUCAAUGCGGUCUAG